UCAUGUGACCCACACACUACACUUCCUGCCCGAUGAAAAGAGUGGAGCUUCUGAUGGAUCAAUCUUGAGUCAACUUUUACGUCUUCAGAGCAGAUCUUAAGCAGUUUUAAGACAAAGAUGUGGAGAACAUUGAGUGCUACGUUACUCCUGUGCAGUCUGGUUGGAGGAGACGUGUACCUACACAACCCCCGCGGCUCCAACAACAGGCUCAACGAACGGUCAGCAAACAGACAGAACGCCAACAGGGUCUUUGACUCUCAGAACAACAACAGAGGAGGUUACAAUGUAGGAGACAAGACCAACAAUGCCUUCAACAACGAGGAGGGGCAGUUUAGAAUGACUUAUUUCCAGAGCGGCCCCUAUGGCUGGGAUUCAUCUAACAAAGAGGACAAAUCCGGGCGGAGCUUCCUGACCCUUGAAUGGACCAAUCAGCACGGCUGUGGGGGGAAUGCAGACUCGGACCCGCACAAGCAGAACUGUCAGGUGGUCCUACAGUACAUGUGUCAGGAUGACGUAAGCUCUGCAACAGGAACUCAGGACACCCUGCGUAACGGACGCACCACCCAGACCCAGGACCACACCCCGGCCACCAACCUGCAGGAGACGCGGGCGCAGUCCAACAACCGCAAGAACAACAACGUGAAGACUGACCGCGCCCUACAGGAGCACUGGCAGUGGUACGACAAGUGCUACAACAGGGAGAGGAAUGAAGGCCUGUUUGUUGCCGACCAGACUCCCCGGCGGAAUAGGAACGGCUACAGCGCGGCGAUCCACACGAGACAGAACCCGAACGGUAACCGCCGCGGGUACGAGUGCCCGGAGGAGAGAGACCACUACCCCUACUGGCACCCCACGCCGUGGAGGGACAUCGCUGUGCUGACGGAUAACAUCACCAUGUGCAAGUAA